AUGAGUAUCUUUCAACCGCGAUCAAGGACAAGCAGCGCCGUCAUGGGCGGAGUCGUCUCCUCGCAGCAGCAACCCAUCUUCCAGCCACAGCCCCAGCAUCACCAUCUGGCUGCCUCCUCCUUCACUUCCUCUCACCAAGAUACGUACGGCAACUCAAUAGACCACCAGGACCAGCAAGGGCAACACCAACAGUAUCAGAACCAGAACCAAAACCAGCACCAGAACCAGCGAUAUGCCUCUGCCAGACCAUCGGCUGCAGCGCGGCCACAGCUGUUUUCAGAUUUUUUCCGUCGAUACGAACUCAUGAUUGAAUUCACAAACCUUCGGAACCCUCACCACUGUCCUUCAGGACUGUAUGUCAUGCCAGCAGCCGACAACAUGAAUUUGUGGUUUGGUACUCUUUUCGUGCACAAGGGCUACUACCGUAAUGCGGUGUUCAAGUUCCAAUUGACCAUCCCAAACGACUACCCCGACAGUCGUCCAACAGUGCACUUUCUGAGCGACAUGUGGCACCCACUGAUCGACAACCACGGCCAACUCGCCCUCCAAUACCAAUUCCCGCAAUGGCGACCUCAUCGGGAUUACCUCUUCCACGUCCUCCACUUUAUCAAGGCGGUGUUCAAAAAGUGCGUCCUUGAUACCAUCGUCGAGAAGCAGGCGGUCAACAAGGAAGCCUAUCGCAUGUACCGUAACGAGAACACCAUCUUCGCGAAGUUGACUCAGCAGCGGUCCCAGCUCUCGAUCACGGAGAAUAGUCUUUUUGAGAACUACCCGGCCAACAAUUCCAUCAGGUUUGGACCGCUAAGUGAUGAAGAGUUUGGUGAGCUCAAGCAGAAAAUGAUCAACAGUGCAGUGUCCAAGUGA